AGUACAGCCAUGGAUACAAGCCGUCGAUUCGUUGGUAACCUAACUCGUAUCAACUUAAUAUGGGCUUCCAUUCGAUGCUACUACACAAGCAGGGGACAAAAGCCGAACCUUUACUCUAUCAUUAGCCCACUCGGUAGCCGCGGAACGUGCAUAACUCCGGAGCUCGACAGCUGGGUCAAGAAUGACAAUAAAUUGAAUUUUGACGAGAUCCAGCGAAUAAUUCACGACCUCCGCAAGCGCAAACGCUUCUCUCAUGCUCUCGAGGUUUCUGAAUGGAUGAAUAAAAGGGGAAUCUUUGAGUUCACACCAACAGAACAUGCAGUACAAUUAGAUCUAAUUGGUAGAGUCCGCGGUUUUAUGUCAGCAGAAACCUAUUUCAACAACUUAACCGAAGAAGAAAAAACAAUCAAGACAUACGGUGCUCUUCUCAACUGUUAUGUCCGUCAGCGUCAAACCGACAAGGCUUUCUCCCACUUACAAAAAAUGAAGGACAAGGGUUUUGCCUCUGCAGCACUCACCUAUAACAACAUCAUGUGCCUUUACACAAAUAUCGGUGAACAUGAAAAAAUCCCCGAUGUCUUUACUGAGAUGCAUAUGAACAAUGUUUCCCCUGACAAUUACAGUUACAGAAUCAUCCUAAACUCUUAUGGAUUGAGAUCCGAUAUUAAAGGAAUGGAAAAAGUUCUGAAAGUAAUGGAGAGCCAAUUGGACAUUGUUGUGGACUGGAAUACAUAUGCAGUUGUGGCUAAUAUCUAUACAAAAGUAGGCCAAAAAGAGAAGGCUAUUGAUGCAUUGAGAAAAGCGGAAGCCAGGCUAGAUAACAAAGACGGGCUUGGUUAUAACCAUCUCAUUUCACUCUACGCCACACUUGGGAAGAAGUAUGAAGUUUUGAGACUAUGGGAGCUUGAGAAGAAGAAUUGCAAGAGAUGCAUCAACCGAGACUAUAUUUCCAUUGUGAGUUCUUUGGUGAAUAUGAACGAGUUUGAUGAAGCCGAGAAGGUAUUAAAGGAAUGGGAGUCGGCUGGGACUUAUUAUGACUUUCGGGUUCCAAAUAGAGUAAUUCUCGCUUACUUCAACUUGGGUUUGAUUGAGAAAGGCGCAGCAUUACUCGAUGAUCUACAGAAGAAGGGGCGAGCUACACCUGCGAGUAUUUGGUUCAAAUUGGCUGAAGAACAUCUGAGACGAGGAAACAGUGAGGAGGCAAAGGCGGUUUUGAAAUUGGCGAUAUCUUUGCACGCGGGAAGUAUAAGAAGGAAACCAAGCCCAAAGGUUAUGGAGGGUAUACUGAAUUGGGUUGGAGAUUCUGCAAGUGUUGAUGAAGUGAAAGGCUUUGUGGACAUUCUGAAAUCUCUGACGACUGUUAACAGGCAGAUAUAUCAUGCGAUGCUGAAGAAGGCGAGUCAACAAAAAUCGGACAAGGUGGUGGAAUGGAUUCUAGCUAGCAUGAAAAAUGAUAAAAUUGAUGAGGACGAAGAAACAAGGAGAAUCCUCGACGUUAUGCAAGACAAAUGCUAGGUAACAAGCUAUGUCUGUUGUUUUACUUGUUUCAUUUUAUUACCAUUUUCAUCACUCCCUUAAAUGGGUUUUUUACUUGCUAAAAUUAUUAGUGUCACCCUGUCAAUAGCUUCAUUGCUCAAUUUAAUACUUAACCUAGUGUUGUUUCAUUCAAUUGGAGAUUCAAUUCAAA